AUGCAUAUUUAUAAUGAAUUUAAAUCAUCAUUCAUUAUUGUUACAUUUCUUGGUUAUAUUUUUUUAGUUAGUGGUUUAAUUAUUAAUUUUUUACAAUUAUGUUCUUGUAUAAUAUGGCCAUUUAGUAAAGAAUUAUAUCGAAAAAUUAAUCGUUAUUUAGCCUUGGGUAUUUGGAGUCUUAAUUAUACAACAAAAACAACAUUUUUUCAUUGUCCAUUAUAUCAUGCAACUAGUUGUCCUGCGUACUUUACACCAUCGAAUGAUUUUGAAAAUUUAGUUAUUAUCUUUGAACAUAUUUAUAGAUAUCAUGCAACUGAUUAUGAUUUAAUUAGGAACAGUUAUGAUAAAUGGUAUCAAGAACAAAAAAAUUUAUCAUCAUCAUCAUCAUCAUCAUCAUCUAAUUUAACAACUGAUAUUAUAACAUUACACGACGUAGAAGAACUUUGUGAGACGUCAUCAACAAUAACAGCAAAAACAACAUAUGAUGUGAGUUCAUUAUUUCUAAGAUAA